AUGUCCGCGCGCACCAUCCACGCCUACGCCGCCUUCGACACGUCGGGCGAGUGCAAGCCCUGGCAGUACGAGCCUCGCCCUCUCGGAGCGGAGGACGUGGAGAUCAAGAUUUCGCACUGUGGCAUCUGCGGAUCGGACGUCCACACGCUGGACAGUGGCUGGGGGGCGACCAAGUACCCCGUCGUGACUGGCCACGAGAUCGUGGGCGAAGUAACCGCCGCUGGCGCGGACGUGAAGCAUCUCGCUGUGGGCGACCGCGUCGGCGUGGGAGCGAUGGUCUGGGCCUGCCGCAACAAGGACCCCAGCUCCCCCUGCGACGAGUGCGCUGGCGGCUUUGACCCGUACUGCAAGGACGUCGUGAUGACCUACAACUCGCUUUACAAGGACGGAUCCAAGUCCUAUGGCGGCUACGCUGACUUCGUGCGCGUCUCGAGCGACUACGCCUUCAAGAUCCCUGACAACAUCCCGUCGGACGAGGCGGCACCACUGCUGUGCGCUGGUGUGACGGUGUUCGCGCCCUUGAGGCGCGAGGGUGUGAAGCCUGGCGACCGAGUCGGUGUCAUUGGCAUCGGCGGCUUGGGCCACCUUGCGAUCCAGUUUAUCCGCGCUCUGGGCGGCGUGCCUGUCGCCUUCUCUCGCUCCGCCAGCAAAGAGCAAGAGGUCCGUGCUCUGGGCGCCCAGGAGUUUUACAACCUGAGCGAUCCCGAGGACGCUAAGCGCGCUGUCAGGUCUGUCAACAUGGUGGUGCUUACGGCGGACGCUAACAACAUGCCGUACGACACGUACCUCGGACUCCUUCGACCGCGCGGCACCUUCAUCAUGGUUGGGCUGCCUAACGACAAGCUCAUCUGCAGUCCGGGCAGCUUUGUGAGGGACGGCAAGCGCCUAGUGGGCAGCAAGAUCGGUAGCCCCGAGGACGUGAAGGAGAUGCUGGAGCUGGCCUCGAAAGAGAAUGUGCGCCCGAUCAUUCAGAAACUACCGAUGGAGCAGGUGAACGACGGUCUCGCUAUGGUGCGUUCGGGCAAGGUGCGCUACCGAGUUGUGCUCGAAAACUCCACCUCUAAGAAGGCUUCAGCGAAUCUGUAAGCUGUACAGACUGUAAUGAAAGGCAAAUCAAGGCAUU